UUUACAAAAAAUAUGGCACAUCAAUUAUUACAUUCGACGUGUAAAUUGGAAAGAUUAAUUCUGAGCUCUGUUUAUAAAAAUGCCAAUAUGUUUCAGUUAAGAAGAUAUUUAUCACUGAUGAGAAAUGGCAAUGAAGCAAGUACAUUGAAACAGUUACAAAAGCAAUGGAGAAUACUAUGUGAUAACCAACCAAAAGGAUUUGAAAAAUUUUUUAAACCAAAAGGAAGUUCUAACAAAACAAAUGAAAAGGCAACUGAGAAAGUUAAAGAAGGAACAUCUAAGCAAAGUUCUAAAUCACAAUCGUCUGAAUCCCAAUCUCAGAAAUUUGAUUCUUCAAGUAAUGGCAAAAAUAUGUUUUCAUGGGAAUUCAAAUUGGGUGGUGGAAAUAAGUCAUUUAAAAAUAGUAACAAUGAGAAGAAAAUUAUUCUUGGCUUUGCAUUAAUGGGAGUUUUUUAUAUCUAUAUAUAUAGUCUAAGUAGUUCUGCAAGAGAAAUCACAUGGAAAGACUUCAUAACACAAUGUUUAAAUAAAGGGAUAGUCGACAAAGUGGAACUUGUUAAUAAACAAUGGGUUCGUAUAAAGCUCUUACCUGGACAUAUUGUAAAUGGAAAGAACAGUUUAUGGUUUAAUAUUGGUAGUGUUGAAACCUUUGAAAGAAAUUUGGAGAAUGCACAAAUUGAAGCAGGUAUAGAACCUCACAAUUUUGUAUCACUACAUUAUAAAGAAGAGGUAGAACUUUACCACAUUUUAAGAUUUUUACCACAAAUACUACUAUGGGUAAUGGAAUCAACUGCAAAAUUAAUCAAUUCCAAAGAUAUUGGUGUUCGAUUUAAGGAUGUUGCUGGUUGUGAAGAAGCCAAAAUAGAAAUUAUGGAAUUUGUAAAUUUCUUAAAAAAUCCACAACAAUACAUGGACCUAGGUGCCAAGAUUCCCAAAGGCGCAAUGCUGACGGGUCCACCGGGUACUGGUAAAACAUUAUUAGCUAAGGCUACUGCUGGAGAAGCAAAUGUACCUUUUAUUAGUGUGUCGGGAUCGGAAUUUUUGGAAAUGUUUGUUGGUGUUGGUCCAUCAAGGGUUCGUGACAUGUUUUCCAUGGCCCGAAAACAUGCUCCCUGUAUAUUAUUCAUUGAUGAGAUUGAUGCUGUUGGAAGAAAGAGAGGAGGCCGAAAUUUUGGCGGCCAUUCAGAACAAGAAAAUACACUUAAUCAACUUUUAGUUGAAAUGGAUGGAUUUAAUACAACUACCAAUGUAGUUGUGUUGGCAGCAACCAAUAGAAUAGAUAUUUUAGAUAAAGCAUUGUUACGACCUGGAAGGUUUGAUAGACAAAUUUAUGUUUCUGCACCGGAUAUCAAAGGUCGAGCUUCUAUUUUUAAAGUACAUUUAGAACGAUUGAAAACUACAAUAGAUAAAGAUCAGUUAUCUAGAAAAAUGGCUUCCCUAACACCUGGUUUCACAGGAGCUGAUAUUGCUAAUGUUUGCAAUGAAGCAGCUUUAAUAGCGGCAAGAGAUUUGAACGACAAUAUUUACUUAAAACAUUUUGAACAAGCCAUUGAAAGAGUUAUUGCAGGCAUGGAGAAGAAGACAAAUGUUUUGCAACCCGAAGAAAAAAAGACAGUUGCAUAUCACGAGGCUGGUCAUGCAGUAGCAGGCUGGUUUUUGCAGUACGCAGAUCCGCUUCUGAAGGUUUCCAUAAUUCCUCGUGGGAAAGGUUUAGGUUACGCUCAGUAUUUGCCUCACGAACAGUAUCUUUAUACAAAGGAACAGUUAUUCGAUAGAAUGUGCAUGGCGCUUGGAGGACGAGUAUCUGAAGAAAUCUUUUUCGGUCGCAUAACAACAGGAGCGCAAGACGAUCUGCAAAAAGUAACGUCAAAUGCGUAUGCUCAAGUCAUUCAGUAUGGUAUGAACGAAAAGGUUGGCAAUGUCAGUUUUCAAGUGCCACAACCAGGUGACAUGGUUUACGAUAAACCCUAUUCUGAGCAUACUGCACAACUUAUCGACGCUGAAGUACGCAUAUUAAUCGAACAAGCGCAUGAUCAUACACGUGAUCUGCUUAUGAAGCACAAGGAGAAUGUAGCCAAAGUUGCCGAACGGUUAUUAAAACAAGAAAUUUUAAGUAGAGAUGACAUGAUAGAAUUACUUGGACCUAGGCCAUUCCCUGAAAAGUCAACUUACGAACAAUUUGUGGAGGGUACGGGAUCAUUUGAAGAGGACACAUCUUUACCAAAAGGUUUACAGGAAUGGAACAAAUCUAGGGAUAGUGAGAAGAAGGAUGAAAGCGCAGUUUCCUCAACAUCAGAAACAGUUUCGGAUAGUACUCAAAAACAGCCGCAGCAGCGAUUAUAAACCAUACUGUUAUGGAUUAUAGCCUGUUAAGUACUUUGUAUUAUAGUUUGAAGUACAUAAUUGUAAUAAGUAGCAAUACACAAGUACACAUUUGAUUGCAUCAAUUAUAAUAACGAUAUGAUUUGCAACAUUGUGAAGCUUGUAAACACCAUUGAAAGUAAGUCCUAUAUUGCAAGAUAAACACCUUCCCCGCAUUAAUUUAGUAUUUCCCGUCUUCAACACCUGCAUUGUCUAUUGUAUAACAGAGCCUUUUAUAAUGAGAGUCAAGUUGUGUAAAAUGUGUGCAGUACUGAAUAUAAAUUAUUAAAAAACC